AUGGCGACAAACUCAGAGAAGUUCAUAUUUUCAGUCAUAACCGCAGUGAUACUGUUACUCGCAGUCGGAUUGGAAUUAGGUGGAUCGUUUGUGCCGCGUUGGGCGCGACCCAUAAACGGAACGUCGGAAGAGAACGGAGGGAAUACCAGUUUUUCGAUAUGGACGAAACGCGAGUGUUGGAAUCAUAUGUGCAAGACUACGUUGAUCGAGGUGACGUGGACGUUAGAGGAAUGUACGACCGUAGACGGACGCAAAGGAGACUGUUAUACAAAAACCGGAGUAAAAAAGAAACCGAAAACGGAGUGUUGGAACGUGCAUUAUUGUAAUAUAACAUGGCAUCACGAAGAAGGAGGGACUAGUGAAUAUCGUUAA